CUAUCUAGAAUCAAUCAAUGAGAAUCAACAACUAAUAUGUUUCAACCCAAAAGAAAAUUCAUGAGUAAGCCCCCCUUGAAAUCUCCUUCCUCACUAUGCCAGCCAGCCUUAGCCACCAUUUCUAGCUAACUCUCUCCCCUCUUUUUAAAUAAAACCUUACAGGCCAACACCCUUUACCUUCCCCUUUCAACAAAAUCUUUCUUUCACCUACAGACAAUGCCUAAAUCACUACUCUUUCAUUUUCUCCAUCUCUUACUCUUCACUGUCUUUGCCUUAGCUGCCAAUGCCAUCGCCGCUACACCAAUUGCCCAUCAAUUCAAGGAAGCCCCACAAUUCUAUAACUCUCCGGAUUGCCCUAUCAUAAUUGAUGAAGAUGAAUCAGAUGGUGAAGCCUCCAUUUUAUGCUCGGAUCAAGCUGUUCAUGUGGCGAUGACCCUUGACACAGCUUAUAUCCGGGGCUCCAUGGCGGCUGUUCUUUCAGUACUUCAACACUCCUCUUGUCCCCAGAACAUUGCCUUACAUUUCGUGGCCUCCGCCACCGCCAACGCAUCCCUUUUACGCGCCACCAUCACUUCAUCCUUCCCUUACCUGAACUUCCAAGUCUACCCUUUUGAUGACUCCUUUGUUUCACGCCUCAUUUCAACCUCAAUCCGCUCAGCUUUAGACUGCCCUUUGAACUACGCUCGAAGCUACUUAGCCAAUCUCCUUCCUUUAUGCGUCAGCCGAGUUGUGUACCUUGACUCGGACCUGGUUCUCGUCGACGACAUAGCUAAACUUGCCGCAACUCCACUCGGAGACAACUCAGUCUUGGCUGCACCAGAAUAUUGCAAUGCAAACUUCACGUCCUAUUUUACUCUGACGUUUUGGUCAAACCCGUCUUUAUCCUUAACUUUUGCGAACCGUAAAGCUUGUUACUUUAACACCGGAGUAAUGGUAACCGACCUUGAUCGAUGGAGAGACGGAGACUUCACGACAAAGAUUGAAGAAUGGAUGGAGCUUCAAAAAAGAAUGAGAAUUUACGAGUUAGGUUCUUUGCCACCAUUUCUAUUAGUUUUCGCUGGAAACAUAGUGCCUGUUGAUCAUAGGUGGAAUCAGCAUGGCCUCGGGGGAGAUAAUUUUAGAGGUUUGUGCAGGGAUUUGCAUCCUGGUCCGGUUAGUCUUUUACAUUGGAGUGGAAAAGGGAAGCCUUGGGCGAGGCUUGAUGCUAAUAGGCCAUGCCCUUUGGACGCUUUGUGGGCACCUUAUGAUCUCCUGCAAACUCCAUUUGCAUUGGAUUCUUGACGGGAAAAAAAAAUUAGAAAUAGGAAAUGCUUGUUAAUUUGCUACUGGAUUGCAUUGGUUACCAUCUUUCCGGCAAGUGUUUGUCUGCUGAGAAAGUGACAGAAUCAUCAAGAAAUGGUGGAGCUGUAAACUUUUAAGCUGAAGAUCAGAUUAUGGAGCUGGAGGAAGCGGCUGCUAUGGUUGUUUCUUGUAGAUCAUAGUACUAAAACAGGUAUCAUAUAUAUUAUAUAGUGCAUUUAUUUUGUUCUUUCCUUUUGGCAACAUCAAAGAAGAAAUUUGUUGUAACAACAAUAAGGAGAAGAAAAUCCAGACGGAAACUACAGUAAUGGGUUCAUGUUUUCAUCUCGGAUGUAUGAUAACUGUAAUCAAAAUCUGUAUAGACAAAGAGCUGUUUCCUUUUUGUUCAAUAAAAAUAUAUCUGCCUUGUAAAUAAUCAAUUUUCAUGGAUCUCAUUUAAGUUUUCAAUUUUCCUCCUUACAAAGCAAAGCAUAGUACAUAAGAUUCUAUACUCAUCACAUAUAUAAAAAUUAAAUUAAUAUUUUAAUGCAUGUAGUAAUAAGUUAUUAUUAUCAUUUUCUGGAAAGAGUUUUCCAUGCUAGAGUAAUGAUGAUAACCAUGUGUGUUAUACACUGGAAACAAUAAUGGAACUGGUUGGAAAAUAUAUGGUUAAAUAUUGAAUGCUUGAGGAUGAAGAUGAUUGAAGAAGCAAACCCUCGCUUCUUUGGAUCAUUGUGGCUUUUUUUUUUUUUUGAACAACAUUAUAGUGUUUUUUUAUUUUUGGUAUUUUAAUGGGUAGAAUUUUUGUCUUUUAAGCGGAAAUGGC